CGCUAACCCGGAAGCCGAAGCUAGUCGCGAGCUGUUCCAUCGGUGGAGUAAAGAUGGCUGACCAAGGCGCCGCAGAUGCUGGUAAUAACAACGAGAUACCCGACGCCGCGGAGGGAACCAUCAUUAAGGUGACCGUCAAGACCCCCAAAGACAAAGAAGAAAUCGCCAUCGCGGAAGAUGCGUCCGUCACGCAGUUUAAAGAAGAAAUCUCCAGGCGGUUCAAGGCCAAUCAGGACCAGCUGGUUCUGAUCUUUGCUGGCAAGAUCUUGAAGGAUGGAGACAGCCUCAGCCAGCACGGCAUCAAGGAUGGCCUGACGGUGCACCUGGUCAUAAAGACAUCACAAAAGGCGUCAGAUGGUGGCAGCCCCUCCACCUCCAGUUCAUCCUCCAGCCAGGCAGGAAGUACCAACACCUCUGCUCCUGGCACCACCCCACCUUCCACCGCCGGGUUGACCCCUGGCUCCGCCCCGCCGCCCACACAGACGCCCAACCUUCUAAGCGGUUUCGGCGAUCUGUCCAACCUGGCCGGCCUGGGCAUGGGCUCAGCCAACUUCAUGGAGCUGCAGCAGCAGAUGCAGCGACAGCUCAUGUCCAACCCGGAGAUGCUCUCGCAGAUCAUGGAGAACCCGCUGGUGCAGAACAUGAUGUCCAACCCGGACCUCAUGAGGCAGAUGAUUGUGGCCAACCCUCAGAUGCAGCAGCUGAUGGAGCGCAACCCGGAGAUCACACACAUGCUCAACAACCCGGAGCUCAUGAGACAGACUAUGGAACUGGCUCGCAACCCCGCCAUGAUGCAGGAAAUGAUGCGCAACCAGGACCGCGCACUCAGCAACUUGGAGAGCAUCCCCGGGGGCUACAACGCCUUACGCAGGAUGUACACAGACAUCCAGGAGCCCAUGCUCAGUGCGGCCAGAGAGCAGUUCGGUAACAACCCCUUCUCAGCUCUGGGCGGCGGCUCCGAGUCCGGCGUCCAGCCAUCACGGACAGAGAACCGGGAACCCCUGCCCAAUCCCUGGGGGCCGCCCAAUUCUUCGAACCCCUCAGAGAGCGGGGGCGGCAGUCCGGGAAGCACGGGCACUCCCGGGGGCACUAACCCCUCGGUAUCCAACCCACUGGGCGUCAACUCCGGCAGCCUGGGCAACGGAAUGUUCAACAGUCCGGGCAUGCAGAGCCUCCUGCACCAGAUCUCUGAAAACCCUCAGCUGAUGCAGAACAUGCUGUCUGCUCCGUACAUGCGCAGCAUGAUGCAGUCGCUGUCCCAGAACCCCGAGCUGGCCUCCCAGGUGAUGAUGAAUAACCCCUUGUUUGCUGGAAACCCACAGCUGCAGGAACAGUUCCGAGCUCAGCUGCCCGUCUUUCUGCAGCAGAUGCAGAACCCAGAGGCGCUUUCGGUCAUGUCCAACCCUCGGGCCAUGCAGGCGCUUAUGCAGAUCCAACAGGGUCUACAGACGCUGCAAACAGAAGCACCGGGCCUCAUGCCGAGUUUGAUGUCCGGCGGCCUUCCCGGCAUCCCCACCGGCGGCAUUCCCGGCGUCCCCACCGGCGGCAUUCCCGGCGUCCCCACCGGGGGAAUUCCCGGCGUCCCCACCGGGGGCAGCGUGCCCCCUGAGAACCCUGCGUCCCCACCCAGCAGCACCGCAACGCAGCCAAACGCCGCUCAGCAGCAGCUGAUGCAACAGAUGCUCCAAAUGUUUGCAGGGGCAGGGGGAGGAGGAAGCGGCGUAGCGAACCAGACCCCAGAGGUGCGCUUCCAGUCCCAGCUGGACCAGCUGAACGCCAUGGGCUUCAUCAACCGCGAGGCCAACCUGCAGGCCCUCAUCGCCACCGGAGGAGACAUCAACGCCGCCAUCGAGAGACUGUUGGGCUCUCAGCCCUCGUAAAGACACACACACACUCACGUACACACACACACACAGAAACAGCACACACUCAUAUACACAAACACGAUGCCGCAAAAGUAACUUUACAAAGACACUUGGGCAAGAUCUGACACACCUCCUUUCUGCUUUUGUUCAUUAGCUUAACCCCCCCUCUCCCCUUUCUUUGGCGUCAUCCCCUCAACCACUCUUCAUCUUGACGGGCGGUCCGGACGCAUUCAAACCCUUUCUCCUUUUGUCGUCUUCUUCUUUGCAAAGUACGACGUGAUUGGCGGAGGACGAUGGCUAACAUUAAUCCGACAUCACCCCCUCCUCCCCAAAACAGUCCCUUUCAGCGCCUCUAAAUGCUAGUUAAGUGCUUUAGCAAUGACGCCCUCCACACGUGUUAGUCAUUCCAGGUGAAAGUGCCCGCUCGUGGGUGUGCAGUGUCUUUGUGUGUCUGAGGCACCGCUGCUGUGCCUUGUGUCCCCCCCUCCCCGACCACUCACCCAUCCUGGUACCACAAAGUCAAGACGGUUUAAUGCGAGACCUCCGUGUGUGUGUUUGUGUGUGUGAGGGAAGACGAGGGUUUGUGAGUUCCACCCACGCAUCCGCACGCCGGACUUUCGACUUUAAUCAAAACCGUUGAGACGCAGAGGGCACCAUUGUAGAGGUUCAUUUGUGUCUUUGUUAGGAAAACUUUUUGUUACACCAAAUUUAUGUAAGCAAUUUUUGGGGGUUUCUAUUUUGUGAACUGAAUUGUUUACAUCAAUGCUAGUCACUAAAGAAAUGUGUUAAAAAAAAAUUAAGUGCAUACAAAAUUUCAGUCUAGAAAAAUUAGGUGUUGGAAAAUUCAGUGCAAAAGAAAAUCAGUCCAAAAAAAUUCAAUGUUUUAAAAUUUUGUACAUAAAUAAAUGCAUGCAUUUAUUUAUGUACAGAAUAUACAGAAAAAAUGUUUUUUUUUAAAUUCAGUGUAUAAAAAUGAUCUAAAAAUGUCAAUGUAUUAAAAUUCACAGUAAAAAAAAAUCUUUGUAAAAAUUCUGUGAAAAAGAAUCAACCGUUUAAAAACUCAGUGUAAAAAAAAAAAAAAACUGUGUAAAAAAUCAGUCCAAAAAUUUCAGUGCAAAAAAAAUCGGUGUCAAAAUUCAGUCCAAAGAAUCAGUGGUUUGAAAAUUCAGUGCAGAAAAAUUCAGUGUGCAAAAACUCUAAAAAAUAAAAAAAAAAUUCAGUGUAGGAAAAUUCAGGGUAAAUACAAAAUCUGUGUAAAAACCUAGUUCAAAAAUAUUCACUGUUGGGGAAAAAAAAUUCAAUGCAAAAUAAACAUCAAGUGUGUAAAAAUCCAGUGCAAAAAAAUGUUUAAAAAUUUAGUUCAAAAAUUUCCGUGCAAAAAAUAAUCUGUGUAAAAAUUCAGUCCAAAGAAUCAGUGGUUUGAAAAUUCAGUGCAGAAAAAUUCAGUGUUCAAAAACUCAAAAUUCAAUGUAGGAAAAUUCAGGGUAUAACAAAAAGUCUGCGUAAAAACCUAGUCAAAAAUAUUCACUGUUGAAAAAAAAAAAGCAAAAUAAACAUCAGUGUGUAAAAAUCCAGUGCAAAAAAAAAAGUGUUUAAAAAUUUAGUGUACUAAAAUUACGAGGUCAAUAAAUUUCUUGCUAAAAUAUUUGUUGCUUCAAUACCCAAGAGUCACCUGUGGUAAAUUAAGACUGAAGCAAUAGAUCCUUUCUCAGAAGCCGCCAAAGAGAUGAGUUUUGAACAACAAAUAUUUCUGCGCUGAUUUUCAAACAUUGCAUAUUUUGCACAGUCUUUUAAAACACUGACUUAACAAACUGAGUUUUGAAACACACAAUUUACCCACUUAUUUUUUCUCAAUGAAAUUGUCCGUGUAAGUCAAUUCAGAUCACAAAAACUCAGUUACAUGAAUUCAGUUCCAUAAAAGUUAUGUAAUUAAGACACAAGUGACCUCCUCACAAAUACCAAUGAAGCAAACAAGCGUUCCUUUCAUUAUUUUCUGAUGAUUUAUUUCUUUUGUUCUUUUUUUUUCCUCUCUCUCUCUCUCUCUGGAGUUGUCGCGUUUAAAUUAAAACAAUGAAAAUCAGUUCAACGAUGAAAAUAAAAGGCUUUACGAACAGUUCUGCGAAUCUAGCGCUAGCUCGUCCUGAUAACCUUUUUGUUUUCUUUUGGAAAAUUCUCAGCAUUGAAGUCGCGGUUACCACGGCAACCGCUUCUGCAGCUUGGUUGAUCUCGGCUGUCAAAACAAAACGGAAAUCCAUCUCUCAAUUGAACAUGUUGGAACUAACUUUUAACAGUACUGUACUAAAAAAAAAUGAAAAUAAAAGGUGGUCAAAACUG